AAAAAGAUCAUGACGACCACCGUUAUUAUCAUUAUCUUCGUUGCCAUCUUCGCUACGACUCUUCACGACGCCAGAGGAGCAACCAUGGAACCGUGUCUCGAAUCAAUGAAGACUGCUUCGCUUCCUGAUCUUCCGUAUGCUUAUGAUGCGCUAGAGCCAGCAAUCAGUGAGGAGAUCAUGCGGCUACACCAUCAGAAACACCACCAGACUUAUGUCACUCAGUACAACAAAGCCCUCAACAGCCUUCGUUCUGCCAUGGCUGACGGUGAUCACUCCUCCGUCGUCAAACUCCAAAGCCUCAUCAAGUUCAACGGCGGAGGGCACGUUAACCAUGCAAUCUUCUGGAAAAACCUAGCCCCGGUUCAUGAAGGAGGUGGCAAACCACCGCAUGAUCCUUUGGCUUCGGCGAUCGAUGCUCAUUUCGGAUCACUAGAAGGAUUGAUCCAAAAAAUGAACGCGGAAGGCGCUGCUGUACAGGGAUCUGGAUGGGUGUGGUUUGGAUUAGACAGAGAGCUUAAGAGACUUGUCGUUGAAACCACAGCCAACCAGGAUCCAUUGGUGACUAAGGGAUCACACCUAGUUCCUCUAAUUGGGAUUGACGUGUGGGAGCAUGCCUACUAUCCACAGUACAAGAAUGCAAGAGCGGAGUACUUGAAGAACAUAUGGACUGUAAUCAACUGGAAAUAUGCAGCGGACGUCUUCGAGAAGCACACUCGUGAUCUUGAUAUUAACUGAGUUUUAUAUGUCUGUAGUAGCUUUUGUUUUUUGGGUUUCUUGUCUUGUUGAUAAAUACGGCAGUACCGAAGAUGCAAUAUUAAGUUUAAGAUGCUAUGUAUGUACCUUGGAAAAUAACGUUUGUUAAGCUUUUUUUUCUUGUUUUAGAAGUAAAAAUAAAAAUAAAUCUAUAUUUCUUUUGCUCUGGUUUGACUAAAUGAAAUAUUUGU